AUGGUCGUCUGCCUUGCAUGUGCGGACAUUAAUCAAGCUGCUCCCUCCCCAUCCGCAAUCCUCUCCCACACUCCCCUAACCUCCCUCAGGUUCGAGGAGCCUCAGGUGUUUUCAGAGCUCCAAUCAGAAAUCGCAUUAGACCUUUUCAUCCCGGACGGCAACUGGCAAAUCAAGCUCGACGCGCCGGGCGGCGGUGUUCGGGGGAUAGUGCAAGUGGUCGGCGCACUCAGUGGCAACGCCACCCUGCAACGAACCAACGGCAGGGGCGGCCGAACCAGCGCCCGAGGCUCAGCAACAGGCUGGGGGACGGCCUGGAGCGUGUCAGGCAACGGGGGAGAAUCAGGGGGGGUGGUGGAUACAACGUUAGCCCAGCUUACAGACUUGGGAGCGAGUAAAGACGUAGUGGUAACAUGGGGUGGGUGUGCGACGAGUAAGACAACAGUGGCGAACGGGCGUUCAGCAGUGCUGGCUAAGAGGCUGUAUGGGUGUAGGGAGACGUGUGCUGCUAUGGCAACGUGUGUGCUGGGCGCGUGUGAGAACGUGGGGGUGGAAGAGGCGUCGGGAGUGUUUGUGGACUGUGCGGUUGUGUGCAACAUGGCGCCCUUUACCAUCACACAGUACAGCAACUGGACAUGCGUUCAGGUGACAUCCCACCAGCGGCGGUUGCUGCAGCUGGUUCGAGGGCAACCACCACAGAUACCAUCACUGCAGAGGCAAGCACAAGGGCAUGUGCAGACACCGAUGAGCUUAAGCACGACUUCUCCCUUAGAGGCGACUCUGGUUCGAGGGCUGGCAUCGCAGACACCGCCUCUGCAGGGGCGAGCACAGGGGCACGUGCAGCGACAGAUGAGUCUGAGUCAGACUGUUCCUUUAGAAGUGCCACGUGCAGAGGGGAAACCGCAAGGGAACGUUCAGGUGAAAAUAGAGGAGCGAGCUCAUGUGGAAUCACAGGUGCGAGCUCAGGGGAAGAUACGCUCUGCUGCAAGAAAGCGGACCGCGGGACGAAUGCUGGGCGUUUUCGGGGGAUCGAAUGGAGAUGUUUCGCUGCCACGCCACCACCACCCCCUGUGGCAUGUGAGGCGCGAUGCCCCCAUGGAGGGCACGAGAGAAGGGGUAGAGGAGGGAGAAAAAGAUGUGGUGGUGUUAAAGGCGCAGGGAGGGACAGCAGCAGAAAAUGGGGAGGGUGGGGCGGCAGCAGAAGCAGCAGACGAGGUGGGGUUAGCAGCACGAGUGGGGGAAGAGGAGGCAGAGGAGGAAGAGCAAGAAGGGGAAGCUGGGGAAGCAGAGGAAGGAGCAGAUAGCGGCUUUAGUGUGUGGACCGACAGCAGUAGCAGCGCAGGCAGCAUUGGACACGUAGAGAGCGUGGAGACAGUGCCAGCAUCCAACCCUUCACUCCACCCGUUCUCUCCGCCCCCACCCCUCUUCCUCCCUCUUCGUUUCCUCUCUCCAAACCCUUCCAAUACACCAGCAGUGCCAGCGCCCAGCCCAAUAGCACCGACGGCAACAGCAGCAGCAGCAGCAGCAGCAGCGGCGGCAGCAUCGGCAGCAGCAGCUGCUGCUGCUGCGGAUACCACCACCCCUACCUCCACUUCUGAUAACACUGCACAGUUAGUCGCACAGGCGAUCACAGACACACAAGCAAUCUCACAGGGAGGCGCACAGACAGUCACAGGUGCACAAGCAGUAUCACAGGCGAACACACAGGCAAUCACAGGCGCACAGGCAAUCACAGACGCGUGGGCAGCUCUAGGCCCCACGGAGCGGCAGCGGUGGUUCAACCUGCGAGUGGCUGUCAGCCGCGCGCUCUUCUCCUGGGUGGGGGACGCCUGCCUUGCAAACGUCUUCUCUGCCGUGUCUCUCGAUGCUGCCACCCGUGCUCGUGUUUCUGCCUUGUUCUGUGCUCUGCUGCACAGCCCGGGGGAAGCGCAGGGUGGGCAAGGUGUUGCUGCUGGAGCUUCUGGUGCUUCUGAUGGUUCCCUGCUUGGCAGCAGUUUGUUCAGCAGCAGCGAUGUGAUUGGAGGUGGUUCAUUUGACGUGGCAGCAGUGGGAGGGAACGGAUGUGUGCUCGGCCCGUUCACCUCUGUGGAUGGAUCCAUGGCUGCUGCUGCUGCUCACUUCGCCUUUCACGGCUUCCCUCCUGCUCCUCCUCCUGCUUUCAACACCACUAACACCAAUGGGACUGCUUCUAACGGAGCUGCUUCUAAUGGGACUGCUUCUAAUGAAACCGCUUCUUCCGUCAGUGCCCCUGAUCUGCUCUCCAGGCGACUGCGCAUGUCCCGGGAUCAGUUUGCGCGGUUCAUAGGAACCUUCCUGGAUGCUGUCGAGUCGGUGGUGGUUCUGGAUGGGGCAACUUCGAUAGUGGUGGUGGAUGGGGCAGCGCUGUCUCGCCUCUCCUCGCACCUCUCCGUCAGCACGGCUUUUGAGACGUCUCAAAAUGGGGCAGCGCUGUCUCGCCUCUCCUCGCACCUCUCCGUCAGCACGGCUUUUGAGACGUCUCAAGAUGGGGCAGCGCUGUCUCGCCUCUCCUCGCACCUCUCCGUCAGCACGGAGGGCUGCAGCCCGCGCGAGAGUGUUUCAAGACUGCCCUUUCUUCACUUCACUUGUCGACUCUUCUGUGAUGGUGGUGACAAUGAUGGGCGCUUGCUGGAGUGGGCAGUGGGGGCGGAUUUCAACGUGACAGUAGGGAGGGGCGACAGUGUGCAGUUUGUGUGGGCUGACGACUACCCUCACUCCGUUAAAGUGCGUGGGCUGGGCAGCAGUGCGCACGACAGUCUCUUCAAGGGCUAUGGCGCCAACCGCAUGGUGCUAUCGAGGCACAGCCGGUGCGCGCCUGACAACGUGGGCACCAUGCCGCUUGACGGCCCGCCGCACCCGUGUGCUCUCUGUGACCAACCGCAUGGUGCUCUCAAGGCGCAGCCGCUGCGCUCCAGACAGCAUGGGCAGUGGGCACCAUACCUCUUGACGGCCUGCCACACUCGUGUGCUCUCUGUGAAUGGCCCCUCGGAUGCUCCUGCAUUCACCUACACGGCUGUCUUCACUCAAACUGGCUCCUACAAAGUGGAGUGCGGGCGGUUUGGGGCCGAUAUGACUGCGACAAUACAUGUUGUGGAUGAUAGCGAGGAUGACUCUAGUGAGUAUGCAGCUGUUGCUUUCCUCCUCGACCCGUUCUUUGAUGCAAACACUACCACCAACCCCGGAACCCCGCUUCUCUCCCCGCUCACCUCCUCCUGCUACCCCGGCUGUUCCUUCGGCAAUCUAGCCGACGGCCGCUGCGACCCCCUCUGCAACAACCACCACUGCGCCUUCGACGGGGGCGACUGCGAGUGCGCCACUCUAGCUGGCAGCGGGGGGGGAGUGGGGGGGGAGUGUCCGUGCCCUGCAGGGCAGACCAGGUCGGAGGCAGGCUCGUGUUGUCCCACCGAUGCUGUGGGUACGAACCUGCUGUUCCCGUUCCAGCUUCGCUCGUUCGGCCCGGAUGCACAUGCGAGCAACACACAGUUCUCAGAGCUUUAUGAGAAGCCGCUGCACCGACACGUGACUGAGAGGAACAGACCCGCUGGGGCUCCUGCAAGUUUCCCCAACCCCACCCACUCUCACUCACCCGUUCUUACCCCCUCUUUCCCAAUGCAGGUUGCUAGUGGGCCUUUAUGUGCUACAGACCCGCUGGGGCUCCCGCGAGUGCCAAUCCAAGAAGUCUGCAAGCAUCUAACCACACAGUUUGACCUGUCACACGUUGCCAGCCUCACCUCCUUCCGCAUCAGGUUUGCAAACAUCUGGCUGAAUUGCCUCACAAACGCCACCAGCCUGAUCUCCUUCGGCAUCAACCCGCGCUUCCUCUCCACCUCUGACCUUUACGACCCCAUCGUUUCCUCCUGUGUCACGCAGUAUCACACUGCACCGCUCUGUGCCCAUAUGCUGACCAUACUCCUCUCCCCUCUGCUCUGCCCUCCCCACUCCCUUCCCAGGUUCGCAAGCAUCUGGCCGCACUGCCUGACAAACGCCACCAGCCUCACGUCCUUCGGCAUCAACCCGCGCUUCCUCUCCACCUCUGACCUCUACGACCCCAUUGUGACCGCCGCCAACCAGACAGGCCUUGAGAAUUCCACCCUCAGCUCUGCUCCUCUCUUCAACGACGAAGGGCUCCCUUAUGGCUUCGUUCCCCCCAUGGACGGGCUUGAGUCCUAUCCGCUGAUAUUCGACAUCAAUCUGCACCGAGUGGCGGCCACCAAGCGACUGCAGUACCUGGUGGACGGAUUCUAUUUCGACAACCUCACCAAGUCCAUUGAGUUUGCGCUCAUCACUUAUAACGCGGAUGUCAACAUGUUUGUCCUCUCCAAGAUCCACAUAGAGGUGGACGUUGGGGGCAAGCUGGGUUACUCCUACCGGCUGGUGCCAAUCCCAGUGGAGCCCUACUCGUCCGCGUCCUCCUACGCUCAGAUGGUCCUCGAGAUCAUCUACGUGGUGUGUGUCGCAUACAACCUGCUGGAGGAGGUGAACGAGAUGUUCCAGACUUAUCGCCACUCGGGCAGCUUCCUCCAUCAUUUUCGCCAGUUUGGCAACUGGAUUGACCUGCUCUCGCUCUCCAUUCAAGUCUGGGGUAUUGUUGUCUGGAUCAUCAUGGUGCAGCAGCUCUCGCCUCUCUCCGACAUCAGCGUGCGCUACAACGUGUACACAUCCCUCGACGACACGACAUCGCAAUUCUGGGCGGUCAACACAACGAAUGGCGGCUUUGAGAGGGCGAUGCAGGUGUAUCGCACCAUGGAUGACAGCAUUCAGCUGCGCUCCUUCUACUUUGCUAUCCAAGGAAUCAAUGUGUUCCUAAUGGUGCAGCGCCUGCUCAAGCUGAUGGACUUCCAACCCCGCAUCGGCAUAAUCACGCGCACCAUGGCAGCAGCGCUGCCGGCCAUCCUGCACUUCUUCCUCGUCUUCGGAAUCAUCUUCCUCGGAUUCUCCUUCUAUGGCUACCUCGUCUUCGGCCGAACGCUCGCGCAGUUCCGCACCAUCCCCAACGCCAUGCUCUCCUGCUUCUUCAUGCUCAUUCAAGACAACUCCACCGCGUAUUACUACGCGAUGCUGGAGGGUUGGGAGCGGUUGGCGGCGUUUGUCUUCUGGCUGUCGUUUAUUGUCAUCAUGGUGUUUAUUCUGAUGAAUGUCGUGAUUGCUAUAGUGGUCGAUGCGUUCAUGGAUGUUAAGGAGGCGGCUCAGGAGGAGACGGCACUGCCGAUUGAUAUCUGGAUUCUGCUGCGGAACCUCUGGCAGCGGAUAUGCAUGCCGUACUGGAGUCUGAGGAAGCUGAGGCACCACCUGCUGUUCCUGGGAACGCACGAGAAGACCCGAGAGGAGGAGGAGGCACUAGCAACGCAGCGCAAGUCAGCACUCGCAGAGGUGGCGGGGAUGGUGCGAAAGGGGUGCUUCAUGUCCAAGCAGGAGCGCGAGACACUGCGGCGGAUCCACCAGACAAAGAGGGUGGUGGACGUGGGAAUUGACAAGAUGGACAUAAUGUCUCUUUACGCUCUUAUGAACCGCACCUACGAACGCAAGAACGCAAGGUCGGUCGACCCGGUCACCAUAGCCGAAUCAGUCAUGGGGCAGUUCGGGGAGGACGUGGAGGUAGCACUCUUAGGAGAGAAGCCCAAGAAGGGCAAGAGCGGGGAGAUGUCUCACAUCAAGCGGUCUCUACAGAGGCUGGAGGGAGAUGCGUUGCACCCAGGCACCAACUCAAUCCCAAUAAACCUCUUCCCCCUCUCCUCCUCUCCCCCCUCUCCUCUCCUCCCUCUCUCCUCCCCUCUCCCAUUCUUCCCCUCUCCCCCCACAGAUGGCCCCUAUGAGUCCCACCAAGGCAAGCCAGUCCCAUCAAGCCAACCUCCCACCAAGGCAGCCAGCAAGGCCCAUCAGGUCGACCCGGUAACCAUAGCCGAAUCAGUCAUGGGGCAAUUCGGGGAGGACGUGGAAGUAGCUCUCUUAGGAGAAAAGCCCAAGAAGGGCAAGAGUGGGGAAAUGUCUCACAUCAAACGAUCCCUACAGAGAUUAGAGGAGAAUGCGGAUGAGACUGCAUACGUGCUGCUGCAGGUGCAAGAGUCGUUGGAGAAAAUGAGGCAGGAGCAGGAGGAGAUGCAGCAGCAGCAGCAGCUGAUGCUGCUAAGAGGGUCUGGGAAGGAGAGGCGGCCAGAGUUGGGGUUGGCGAGGGGGGACCGGCAGUGGAGUAGGGUCAGGAGGCGGUUUGAGGAUGAUGAUGAUGGUGAUGAUGAUGAUGCUGAUGUUUCUGCUGCUGCUGCUUUGCGCGGGCAUGGGGCAGCAUCGGGCAGAAUGGGAGGGGAGUUUGGGAAUCCGGGCAGUUCUGGAAACCCAGGUAGGCAGAGGCGGGCCCGAACGGCCCAUAUGAAGUCCUUUGGAGGAGAUGAGCCAAGUAUUCUUGAUGCUGUGGCUAAGCUUGGUGGGGGGUUGGGGCGGAUGGGCGGCGAGGAUGUGGGGAACACGAGCGGGCGGCACCGGCCGGCUAGUUUCAGCAGCAUGCCGAGAGGGGCGGCGGAGGAUAUGGGCAUGAGAAGGAAAAUGGUGGAUUUCCCUUCUAUGGGAGGAGGGAUUGGUGGGGGUUGGGGAAUGGGUGGUGAGGAUGUGGGGAAUAUCAGCGGGCGGCGAAAAGCGUUAGAGUAUGGGUCAAUGAGACGAGGAAUGCCGGGCGGCGGUAUGGCCGGAGCGGGAAUGGCGUCUCCUUACCGGGGCGGCGGGUUCUUAGGCUCGGGAACGGCUGGGUUUGCUCAGCCUCGGUCGAUAAUGCCAGAUGGUGGGUUUGGAAACCGCAAGUUCGGGGAAGGCAUGGGGGCGGGAAGUAGGAGGAUGGUGGGAGGGGAGAAGCAAGGGAGUAGGGCUUCGGCCUUGCUGGCAGAGCUUCAGGCUGCCCGGGCGGCGGGAGGGGCGGGGAGUUGGACAAGGAUUCAUGAAGGGGAGGUGAAGAGAGUGCAGGUGGAGUACGCGAUGGAGGCCAUCAGCCACGCAGGGUCCGCCAUAGGCAUUCUGGCGACGGACGGCGUGGUGCUGGCAGCGGAGAAGCGCAUCACGUCGAAGCUGCUCCACACCCCUUCCCACCCCUUCCCGCCGCUUCCCACCCACCAGGUGGAGUAUGCAAUGGAGGCCAUCAGCCAUGCGGGGUCGGCCAUAGGCAUUCUGGCGACGGACGGCGUGGUGCUGGCAGCGGAGAAGCGCAUCACGUCGAAGCUGCUGGAGAGCAGCAAGACGAACGAGAAGAUGUAUCGAAUUGAUGACCACGUCGCUGCUGCUGUUGCUGGGAUCACCGCCGACGCCAAUAUCCUCGUCAAUUCCGCUCGGCUGGCCGCCCAGCGCUACACAUACGCCUAUCAGGAGCCUAUUCCCAUGGAGCAGCUGGUACAGUCUCUCUGCGACACCAAGCAUGGCUACGUUUCUCUUUUGUUCCAUUCCCCUCUGCUUCCUAUUUGGCUCCCCUCCUCCUCCUGCGAGCAGGAGCCUAUUCCCAUGGAGCAGCUGGUGCAGUCCCUGUGCGACACCAAGCAGGGCUACACGCAGUUUGGUGGUCUGCGUCCGUUUGGCGUCUCCUUCCUCUUUGCAGGGUGGGACAAGCAUCAUCAGUUCCAGCUGUACCACUCAGAUCCCUCAGGGAACUAUGGCGGGUGGCGGGCGUGUGCCAUAGGAGCCAAUCACGGUGCAGCACAGUCGCUGCUGAAGCAAGAGUACAAGGAGGAGAAGGGGCCGGGAGGGGAGGCGAUUCCAGGGAUGGACCUGGAAGGAGCAGUGCAGCUGGCGCUGAAGGUGCUGAGUAAGACCAUGGACAGCACGAGCCUGAGUGCAGAGAAGAUUGAACUGGCUAAAGUGUGCCUCGAGGAUGGCCAAGUCAGGUACCGUGUGUUUGGGGCAAAGGAGAUUGAUGAGUUGCUUCUGAAGUAUGAAAUGGCUCAACCCAAGGAGGAGAGAUGA